AUGGCUUUGUUCAGUGAGCCCGAUGGCCAAUAUUGGCCUCAGAUCUGCCAACUGCUUCUCACAGUAGGCCUCUCGGCUCUCAUAGGGAUUGAGCGCCAAUUUCGACAAAAGGCUGAUGGACUGCGCACCAAUACUUUGGUGAGAAUGGGUUCAGCCUUGUUUAUGCUGGUAUCCAAGUAUGGCUUUAUGGACAUCCUGUCCCGAUAUCACGUCGUCGCGGAUCCAUCGCGAAUCGCGACCCAGAUUGUUUCGGGGAUCGGCUUUAUCGGAGGCGGUAUUAUCUUCAAGAAGCAAAGUGAUGUUCGAGGCUUGACGACAGCUGCAGCUGUCUGGCUCACUGCCGCCGUAGGCGACACGAAGAGUAACUUGGAGCUCUAG